CUCUACUUGAAUUGUUCAGUUCAGUUUCACACACCAAAACGCAUUUGUUGAAAGUUGAAACUGAAAGUGUCUGAAACUGCCCUACUUUGACCGUUGAUAUCUAUAAAGCACUCACUCUGUCUCAGCUUUUUUAACAACAAAGGGGGGAUGUGAAUUGAGGCAAGACCUUGCUUGGCAUUAGCAAUAGAAAAGCUGGGAAGAGAAUCUAAGAAUCAAAAGGUGGAGUUUUAAGUGUUGUGUUAAUAACAGAACUCCGUGACAAUGGUUUUGAUAAGUGGCAACAACAAAAGUAUUUUACACCAAACAAAUGAUGAGAGGGCCAAAGCACAAGGUGUUACAGUGCUUCAGAAUUCACAUCCACAAGGAAACAAGAAUGUUGAAAGCGGGCGUACACAGAAUGCAGUCAGCACUGGGUUGACCAAAGCAAUAACAACAAUGGAUGAAUUCAAGUGUGGAUUUCCAUCAAAAGGCUUAUCAACCACAUCAAAUAAAUGGUGGGGAAAUACUAAUCGUGAUGAUUGUGCAGGUGCCAACGCAAAUGGAGCCAAGAUGGCACAUGAAACAGUAAAAGCUGAAAACAGUGAAAUUCCUCGUGGUUCAUCUUUAUUGAAAGCUGUGAGGAAAAGAGCGGUGGAAGAAGGAAGAGAAGCAUUGAAAUUAGAAGUUUUUCGAGGCUAUGGCAUAAACAAGCUAAGCAAAAGGGAGAAAACAUUGCUCCACCAAAUAUUCGGAUCUUCAUUGCCAAGGUCGUGGAUGGAUACAUGAUUAGUAGUUUUGAGCCAGUGUAAUUCUGCAUAGCUCAAUAAAAUUUCUUAUUUGCUGCAUUGAAUACUUAACAACUCAAUGAGAGAGUUCCCUUUUUUCCUGGUUUGUAUGGUUUUAUCACUGGUAGUUCAAUGGGAUGGUGUUUGGAGCUAAUGACAUGUAUUGGAUCAAGGCAUCUCCUGCUACUUCUGCUAUUCUGCAUAUGCUUCUGUUAUUCUGUUAAUUCUGUUAUAAUUCUGUUUGUACUGUGUUUAGUUAUUUUCCUCCUGUUUCUCCUCAUAUAUGUAUAUAGCUGAUAACUAGAUGAUACACAACUUUGUAAUUUUUUCUGCAACUUAAUCAGUAUACUGAUUCUGAGUUUCCUCAGCA